AUGGAAGGCGCUCGUCAAUGUGGAGCAACGCGGCUGCCAAAGCGGCUUCUCGCCGCGCUGUUCGCUGUUACAGUGCUCUUGGAAGCGCUCGACGACACACUGCCGGUUGCCCAGGCAGUCGUCGAAACACCCGCGCCGACCCCGUACGUUCGUCGCACCUACGAGGCGAAGGUAUCCUUCUUUACCAAGUACUGGUGGGUCGGCUUUAUCAUGAUGUUUGUUGCCUUCCUGCUUGUUGUGGGGGCGCUCUACGUCGCAGUGCAGUUCCACUUCAAAGAGUCUGAGCAGCGUGAUCGCCGGAAGGAACUGGAGAUGAAUCGAUUCAGUAUUGAGAACUGCAGAGGCGGAGAAGAGGUAGGGGGCCAUGAAGCGGAUCAGCAGGGUCGAAGCGGGCAGUCGUUGCGCAACAACCCUCUUCGUAGUCGUUGA